CUGAUGAUAAAGCUUCCGGAGACAACAGCCAGCAAUGCAAGGCCAGAAUACUGACGGCAGACGGAAAGAAUUACGGCGGGGUUGAACCAGCAUGCUCAAAUCCCCCUACGAUUUCAAAGCCAGUAUUUCUCAUUCAGCUGAUUAAACCCCCGAAACGUCUCUUGGGGAACACUAAGACGCGCAACCGCAAUUCGUUGAAGUUGGCCGCCAGCCGAUUCGGUGGCGGGUCCGCCUAAACUUAUUCAACAUGGCCGACGAUCACGAGAACGAAGACCGAGGGAAUGAUCUCGAACUUCGCAUUCUAUCCCCUUCCUCCGAGCUGCCUGGGCCGCUCACCCUUAAAGUUCCGAUUUCGACAACAGUAGCGGAAUUGAAGUUGAGGGUCAAGAAUGCCGUUGCAUCGAAGCCCGAACCCUCAAGGCAACGCCUGAUCCAUAAAGGAAGAGUCAUGGCCAAUGAGUCGGAGGAUUUGGCGUCCAUAUUCGGGGCAGAGCAUAUCAAGAACUCCGAAUAUAUCAGUCUCCAUCUGGUGCUUAAAGACUUACAAACGUCUGGCCCUCCUCGUUCUUCGACAGCGCCUCCAGGCGCCAUGCGAAGCCCUCUUCAACCAUACCAGACUGAUUCACGACUCGAGCAACCCCGCGGAAUACCGACAAGUCACCCCGUUGGCGCGAAUCCGAGUUCCUCUGUCGCUCUGGGCACUACCCCCGCUACAAACGCCGGGGCAAUUCCAGCUCAGCAGCCUAAUUACGCGCAAGGCAUCCCAAGCUUCGGUUUUAUGCCCGUUCCGAGCCCACUCGGCCUUCACCAGCAAGCCGUGGCGAUGGCCCAAGGCCAUCUCCAUCCUGCAAUGCAAGCUGCCUUCCCCCCUCAGUUACAUCCACAUGGACUGCCUCCACACAUCCACGGAGCGGAAGCGCCGACUCCCUCCCCGCAUCCGAAUUCGAACAUUCUAUUACAACCACAUGCGCAUACCCAGCAAAGAAUGCCCGCGGGAUCCCCUGACUUUGCUGCGGAGGACGGCAAUCAGCAUGGCAUUCCUGGGACGAGAGGCAGACUGAACGCCUCACAUUCAGACCCUAACCUGGCUGCAAGGGCAAAUGCCCAAAACCAACAGCAGCAGCAGCAGCAGCAGCAGCAGUCGCAAAUGCAGCCCGGGUCCUUCACCAAUCGACCUGCUAAUGCACGGUAUACCGUUACUAUGGAAAGCAGAAUUACUUCGGUAUACCCAGGCCCUUCAAAUCCGCCACACGUCGCUCAUCCGAUGACUUAUACUCUCCCUCAGGGUCCGCCCGUAUUUGCUCAGCCGUCGAAUCGAGCUCAGCCAAGGAUCCAGAAUCAAGCCUCUACGCAAGUGUACCUGCUCUCCUCCCCAUCAGGACCACAUGCCUUGCUUGUCGGGCCAAGUGGGACCUAUUCAAGCGACAACCUCUCGCCAAAUAUCUGGUCAACUCUACUGAACAGUCAGAGUCCACUGGAGCGACAUGAUACCUCUGCAAGCAAUGCCGCCCAACGUUUCCGCACAUCCGUCGACCCUCAGCCAUCCUCCUCACGUCAACUCCAACCCCGUUUCGACCAACACACGGUAUCUCAACAUCCGACCCACCAACACCCUGGUCACUACCCCCACCAUCAUCAUCUACAUCAACACCCACACCAGCCCUCAUCACGCCAACCUCACCCGCAACCCGCCAAUGCCGAAGCUCCUCCUGUUGCCCCUAUCCCCGUCGCAAACGCACAAAAUGCCCAACCCAAUAUCCAGCCCCAUGCCCUACCCAACGGCGUACCGAACGCGGACGAUAACGCGGGUGAGCUCCGUAACCUGCUUCUUCCCGCCAUGGGCCACCUCUGGCUCGCUGUCCGAUUGAUUGGCCUCUGGUACCUCUUCAAUGGCAGCGCGUCCCCCUUUUCGCGCGGCUUCGACCGCAUCAUGGUCCUGGUCGGGUUCAUCACCCUGGUCUAUCUCGCCUAUCUCGGUGGCUUCCUCGGCGAUUCCGCGCAGCGCGUUCGACGGUAUUGGGAUGCGCUGGUGUUCGGCGACGAGCAGCAGCAGCCGGGUCAAGAGGGAGCCGGUGCCGGUGUCGACACCAACGGAUCCGCGCAGGGCCUACACCGUCCGGCGCGUGGGCAGCAGAGAACCCCCCCUAACCCUGCCCAGCUCGCGAACCGCAUCCAUGACGACACGCCUCUCAACCGCUUCCUCCACGAGGCCCGCGAGCGCGUGCGUACCGUCGAGCGCGGGGUGGCGCUCUUCGUCGCCAGCCUGUACCCCGGCUUCGGCGAGCGCGUGAUCCGCGAACGGCAGCGGCGGGAAGAGGAGCAGGCCAGACAGGGAGCGGAGGUGGUGGAGGCGGAGGUGGCGAUGGCGGCAGCGGCAGCAGCCGUGGAAGGACAGGCGCCAGAUCAGGGCGUGCGGGAGGGGGAGGGGAGGAUGCAGCAGCAAGGAGGGGCGCCGGGCCCGGUGGAUGGAGCGGAGCCGCAGGUCAUCGAGGAUCAACGGCCGCUGUGGGAUUUGGGGGAUGGGAGGGGACGAGGGGGCGACGCGGCGGUCGCUACGGGGAGGGAUGAUGGCGCUGGCAGUGAAGGGCUUUCUGCAAGAGGGCAUGGCAGUACCGGUUCUCAGACUGAGCCGAUAGACGCUGGUGAGAGAUCUCAGGCUGCGGAUGCAGGUCAAGACUGA